CUAAUUACCCCAUGACGGAUGUAAGCAAGUUUGCACUAUUUCCGUAACACAAGAUAUCACCAACGAAAAAAAUGUUUGCCGUACCUUUGCAGCCUUGCGCUAAUAAAUUCUCCACAAUGUGUGAUUCUAACUAUUAAUAAGCCUAAAUAUCUUCCUAUAAUUCGCAAAUAACGAAUGGAUGACUAAAUAAGCAUACGAUUAUACGUAUAUAAAGGCCGGUAGCCUGAUUAUAGUUGGGCUUAUUUUCAAAUUUUAAUAACUACAAAUACAUUUACUAUUAAAGACUAGGAAAAUGACAUUGUUGAAUACUUUUAAGAUGAAAACAUCUAAUCUGGAAAAUUCGAAUAAUUCAGAAACUUCUAGCGAGUCAAAUCAACCUGAGGUUAUUGAAUCAGUUGGUUAUGCUCCUUCAUUUGAAGAUAUAAGUGAAGAAGAAAAAAAAUUGGACGUUAUUGUUAGCAAACAGGGUCCACCACAACCCGUUGAGGAGGUUGAUAAAGAUAUUAAUGGAGGAUAUUCCUGGGUUAUUUUAGCUUGUACAUUUACCCUUUCUGCAUGCUCUUGGGGGAACAAUUCUGGAUUUGCAGUUUAUUUUGCAUUUUAUAGUACGCACAAUCUUUAUGAAGGAGCUACAGCUGUAGAUUUUGCUGCAAUCGGAGGUAUUACUUUUGGUUUAGGUAUUUCUUGUGCUCCUAUCAUUAAUUAUAUUACAGGAAAAAUUACUCCCAAAGGAAGUAUUAUCAUAGGGAAUAUUUGUCAAUUUCUUGCAUUGUUUAUUACAAGUUUUGAUUCUCAUCAAAAGUUGUGGCAACUUUAUUUAACUCAAGGAGUUUUACAAUCUUUUGGAUUAGCCUUCUUAGGAUUACCAUCUUUCACAAUUUUACCACAAUGGUUCGCAAAUAGAGGUUCUAAGGAUCAUUUUAGACUUAAAGAUAGAAUGCUUACAUUUUCUCAAGGUGUAGUGGCGGGAGGAUCUGGUGCUGGUGGGAUCUUAUUUAAUCUAGGUAUGCAAAAGGUAUUGCAAACUCAUGGUAUUAGAUGGGCAUUAAGAGUUCAAUCAUUUAUUUCCUUAUUUCUUGUUACUAUGGCUAUUAUAUUUUUAAGACAAAAGAAGAAUAAAAAUGCUAAGAUAGAAUUUACCAUUUUUGAUAGUCAUGUGUUCUUCUUUCCUGGUUUCUGGGGUUUAUGUUUAUUCUUCGGAUUAUCCAUGUUUGGUUAUGUUGUUACCUUGUACAGUCUUGCUGAUUGGACAAUAUCUUUAGGUUAUUCAGCUUAUCAAGGAUCUAUUGUUGCAGCUAUGGUAUCCCUUGGAAUAAUAAUAGGUAGACCAAUUGUCGGUGUUCUUGCAGAUAAAUAUGGUGCUAUUACUAUUUCUACUGUUCUGUAUCUUGCCAGUGGAAUUCUUAUAUUGGCCAUGUGGAUCCCAGCAAGAAAUUAUGCUACAGCUAUUGUACUUGCUAUUCUUAAUGGUAUUCUUUCUGGUGCUGUUUUUGUAUGUAUUGCUAGUACUGCAAUUACAGUAACUGGGUUCAGAAUGAAUAAGUUUAAUGUCACAUUUUGUAUGCUGUCAAUGUGUCUAGGAGCAUUUGCUAUUGUUUCACCUAUAAUAGGUAUAUCGUUAAAGAAAAAUAUAAUUAGUCCUACACAAUAUGUAUAUUGUGCUGUGUUUGUUGGUGCUUCAUAUUUUGCAUUAUUUAUUGUCUUAGCAGUCUUGAGAGGUUUCAUGAUUUCAAUUAAAGAAAUUGAAACUCCUGGCUUGACUGAUGUAGAAUACUUCAGACUUAGGCCUAAAAUAUCUAGAGUUAUAAGAAAUUCACUUAGAAUCAAGACUGAAUAUUGGAUAUAAGGAUUGAAAAAGUUUAGAGAGACAAUCAAACCUUUUUUGUUGUUGUUUAUUUAUAUGUUUGAUUUAUUUGUAAGGGAUAAAGUAGUUUAUAUAUUUAUAUUUAAU